CUGCGACCGUUUAUCAAAACAGAAGAGUUCCGAACUUUUGUUUGGUUUUGUGGGAGGCCAAAGGAUUUGAAACAAUGGCGUAUUUUAUUUUAGACAUUCUCUGAGCUUCGCGGCACUUGUUAUUUCUCCACAGUCCCGUCGACUGUUUACUUUUUAAAAGCAAUGGACGCCGAGGGCCCGGAGGCCCUGAGUGACCUCUGUUUGACUCAGGUGUGCUGCAGCCUGGACGCUCUGUGCAGCAGGCGAGCAGAUGGCUCCAUGUGCCUCAGCUGGGCCCCGGUCUUCCCACAGGAGAUGGCUGACCAGUUACUACGUAAGAUGGGGACUAAAGGCAUCCUCAGUGACACAACUGUUGGGAUUUUCCGCAACUGCAAAGAGCUCCGCCUGCGCCGAGCCUCCAUCCGCUUCUGUUCAGUGUCUGCAGAAGCUUUUCGCCUGGCCCUCUGCCCUCACCGGCUCCAGGAACUAGAUGCCUCCUGGGUCUCUGGGGGCCUCACUGGGGCUGACAUCGUCUCUGGCCUGGCAUCCAACCUCGAGUGCAGAUCCAGCCUGCAGAGGCUGUCCAUCAGUGGGCUCCAUCUGGACUGGGAGUCUCUGAUGGAGGAUGGAGGGACCCGUGUGGGCUUCAGCUCCCUGCAGGGCUUGAGGACACUCAACCUCGCCAAUACAGACCUGACCGAUGCUGCCCUCGAGGACAUCUGCUCUCUCCCUCAGCUGGAGAGCCUGGAUAUCUCCUGCAGUGCCGUCUCAAAGCUUACCGCACUCCUCGAUUGCAAGAGCACCCUGAAAUCUCUUAUCGCCCACCGGCUGCGACAGCUGGAUAUGUCGCCAGCCAGGUUGUUCUUUGUUUUCAGCCAGCUUCAUGCUCUCAGGCAUCUAGACUUUUCAGAUGACCACAUAACUGUGGAUGACAGCGACGGGAGAGAUGGGGACGAGACAGUGCGGCAGCUUCUGGAGGGGAGCCCCCAGGUCCUCCCCUCACUUGUUUCUUUAGAUAUCUCUGGACGGAAGAGAAUAUCCGAAGCAGCGGUCAGAGCGUUCGUGGAGGCCAGAGCUGGACUGGUCUUCAUGGGCCUGCUAGCCACCGGGGCUAGCUCCAGUGAUGUCCUUACCUCACAGAAAACUCUUAAAGUAACUGGAGAGGCUAAUGAGAACCAGGUGUGUGAGGCCCUGAGAAGGUACAGAGACCGCGAGUGUUUCAUACGAGAGGCCCUCAUCCAUCUCUACAAUCUCAUCACCGACACUGACAAACCACGACCUGAUAUGCUAAAGCUGGUGCUGAGCGGGAUGCAGAGCCACCCCACCUCCCUGCACGUCCACCUGGUGGCCACAGCGUGUGUGUUCCACCUGACCACUCAGGACCUGGCGGAGGCAAUGCCCGUCAGCCUGCUCAGCUCCACCGUCACCCAGCUGCUGUACGCCAUGAAGACCUUCCCCAACCACCAGCAGGUGCAAAAGAAUUGCCUGCUGGCGCUCUGCAGUGACUACAUCCUUCAGGAUGUCCCUUUUGACAAGUAUUUAGCAGCCAUGCUGGUGAUUAACUGGCUGAGCAGCCAUGAGGAGCCCACCCUCCAGAGGAUGGCUGUGGCUGUCAUCUCCAUUCUGGUGGCCAAGCUGUCGACUGAGGAGACUGCUCAGCUCGGCGAGGACGUCCAUAUUAUGAAGCAGCUGCUGGCUCUCGUGCAGCAGAAAGCCAUGGUUGGAGUGGUGGACUCCACUCUGAAGUUCGCCCUGAGCGCCCUGUGGAACCUGACGGAUGAAAUGCCCUCCGCCGCUCGCAAUUUCAUCGAGUGCCAGGGCCUGGAGCUGUACGAGGAGGUUCUGGAGUCCUACUACGGUGAGCCUUCCGUUCAGCAGAAACUUCUUGGCCUGCUGAACAACAUAGCAGAGGUGGAGGCGCUACAGGCCAACCUGUUGGAGGAGGACCUGCUGGAGCACAUCCUCAGCCUGCUGCAGGAUGCCCAGGUGGAGGUGGGGGUCCGUUACUUUGCGGGGGGGAUCCUGGCACAGCUCGCCUCCAGACCUGAGGCCUGGACACUGGGCGACGAGCUCCUCAGCACCAUACUGAAGCAACUGCAUGCCUCCAUAAUGACGUGGACACAUCUGGAGAGAGAAAUGGUCUCCUAUAGGUCAUUCCAUCCAUUCUACCCUCUGCUUCAGACUGGUCAGCCGUCAGGAGUGCAGCUGUGGGCAGUCUGGGCCAUUCAUCUGGUCUGCAGUCAAAACACUUCACAUUACAGCAGCAUGCUGGAGAGGGAGGGCAUGACUGAACUUCUGAAGGCUCUGGCUGCACAUCCCGACACACACGGCGACAUUAAAGGACUGUCAGACAGCAUCCUGCGUAUGGUGGAGCAACACGGGGGUCACACGGGGCCUCGAAACUCUUGACGAAAGAGCAAAGAAUUUAUUGAUUUGCUAUCUUUUUGCUGCGCUUCAAAUGUAGGUUCGAGGUUGCAGAUAUUAAAAGCACAGACAGCUCAUGUCGGUCCUCAUGGAAUUCAAUUUUAAUAGAAUAGAUGAUGUGCUGUAUAUUGCAUGUAAAGGAUACAUUAUUUAUGGCAUUAAACUGCUGAAUUUGUUUGUCUUGAAGCUAAGAUUUUAGCCACUCUGAGGAGUUGUUAAAGUUGAAAAUGUCAACCUUAAUAAAAGUGUAUAAAAUAAAAUGAAGUUUGAGAGCAGA